AAACAAUAAACGCGGUCACGCUGGUCAGUGCGCUCCGUAACACGCGGAGUUUGAAACAUUGCACUCAACAGCAUCACGCGUGUGCUCAGCUGCAGUGCUUGUUUUUCUCCCCCCCCCAAUUUCUUGCUCUAACUUGCUGUCGGCGUCUACCACCUCCCGAAAUCAUACAUCAUGCCCUAUAGAGUCGAAUACGCGUCCUCCAACCGUGCCAAGUGCAAAGGCCAGAAACCAUGCAAAGGGACCCCGAUUCUGAAAGGAUCGCUGAGAUUUGGCACUAUUGUCGAUGUGGGCGGUAACACAUCGUUCGCAUGGCGUCAUUGGGGCUGUCUCACCGCCAAGGUCCUCGAAAACGUCAAGAAGGAACACGAGGAGGCCUCGGAGCUCGAUGGUUUCGAAGAUUUGAAUGAGGAGGACCAGGAGCGCGUCACCAAGGCGUGGGAGGACGGGCAUGUGGCUGAUGAGGACAUUCCCGAAAGUGCGCGGAAGGACGGGGAGGGUGAGGAGGGCGAGGAGAAGCCCAAGAAGAAGGCCGCGCCGAAGAAAAAGAAGGCUGCUGACGAGGAGGAGGAUGACGAGGAGGAGGAGGAGGAGAAACCCAAGAAGAAGAGAGCCGCUCCCAAAAAGAAGAAAGCUGAGGACGAAGGAGAGGAGGAGGUGGCGGAGAAACCGAAGAAGAAGAGGGCUGCUCCCAAGAAGAAGGCCGAUGACGAGGAGAAGCCCGCUGAGGAGGAUGAAGAGCCCAAGCCAAAGAAGAAGGCAGCGCCGAGGAAAAAGAAAACCGAGGGCGAUGAGGAGCCCGAGCCCAAGGCAAAGAAAGCGUCGGCUAAGAAAGCAGCUCCCAAGAAGAAAAAGAAUGAGUCCGAGUCGGAGGGUGAAGAUUUCACGAAUGAAAUGAACGAUGUCAAAGCCGGUUCCGAUGAGGAGAUCUCUGAGGAGGAGAAACCCAAAAAGAAAGCGCCCGCUAAGAAAGCGGCGGCAGCGCCCAAGAAACGGGCCACCAAGAAGAAGGUCAGAUUCUCUCUUAUUGCGUGUACAAUAUCUACUGACCAAUUCUACCUAUGUAGGCCGAGUCUGACGAAGAACCG